AGCAAUUGCAUGUUCAUCGGAGAGACAUGUUGUCUAAUCGUUUAUAUCCUCUUCACAAAGUUCCAUCUACUCGAAAAAUGUCGGAAAACUAAGCCAAGCGUUGAAGUAGAAGAGAGAAUAAAACUAAAUCCUUUUGUUUUCCUCGUUCCAACACUUUGUGAUCUUGUGGCAACUUGCAUUCAGUACACUGGGCUGACGAUGACCAAUGCUUCCAGUUAUCAAAUGCUAAGAGGCGAUUUGCUAAUCAUCGCUGCACAGCUUAUUGUCGCAGCCCAAAUGGUUUUCGAAGAACUCUAUGUCUUGAAAUACAACGUUGAUCCGCCGCUGGCAGUUGGUCUUGAAGGCAUUUACGGCUUUAUUAUAAUGACACUUUUAAUCGUUGCUUUCUAUUUCAUUUGGGUUCCACCGCCAUUCACAAACGACCCUGAAGGGCGACUUGAAAAUGCCUUCGAUGCGUUUGAUCAAAUGAAUGCAAAUUCACAAAUAUUAGGGUCUUUGAUAGGACUUAUCAUAAGUAUUGCAUUCUACAACGUGUGUGGCAUGACUGUAACAAAGAAUCUGAGUGCAACUACCAGGAAGGUUUCGGAUUCUGCUCGAACCGUUCUCAUUUGGGUCGUUUCAUUGGCUCUAGGUUGGCAAUCAUUUUCCUACUUGCAGUUGAUUGGAUUCAUUGUACUUAUCUCGGGUAUGUUCAUCUACAACGAUAUCGUAUUUCGUCCAAUCAUCGAGAAGACCAUGAAGCGUUUCAAUCGAACUUUUAAAUACUGCAUUGUCGGUAUGAAUGUUUUCAGGUGGGCGGACAGAUGUGUAGCUUUGAAUCGACCGUUCAAUCACCCAUUUGUCCAAGGCAACUGCGUGUUCAUUGGCGAGGCUGGGUGUCUUAUAGCAUAUUUUUUGCUUAGAAAACUUCGUCGUUUUGCUCCGUGUAAAAGCUUUGUCAAGGACGACGGAAAGCCCCAUCCUCCAUUUAAUCCACUGAUUUUUUUAUUCCCCACAUGCUGCGACCUAAUCGUCAUAGUCUUGAAUUACACAGGAUUAGCUUUAACGUAUGCUGCCAGUUAUCAAAUGCUGCGAGGAGGAGUCAUCAUCUUCACCACUCUUUUGUCGGUCGUGUUUCUGCAUAAGUCCAUAUCUUGGCACAAAUGGGCCGGAAUCUUCGUCGUUAUUGGUGGUCUUGUGACGGUAGGGGUUUCAGACUUUCUUCAGGGUGCUUCCGAUGCAUCAUCGAAUCCAAACGGGGUUAUUGCAGGUGAUCUGUUGAUUGUGCUGGUUCAAUUUGUGGCAGCUGCAGAGUUGGUGUACGAGGAAAGGUUUGUCGUAAAGUACAAUGUCAAGCCUCCAAUCGCCGUUGGACUUGAAGGUGCUUAUGGAAUUGUUUUGCUUACUGUUGUGACAAUCGGCGCGUACUUCAUUAAAGUGCCACGGCAGUUUACAACAGAUCCAGAUGCGCGUUUGGAAAAUGCCCUGGUGGCUUUGGCCCAAAUCAGUGCUAACCACGUAAUUCUUGGAUGCCUCUUAGGCAUUAUCAUCUGUAUUCCGAUAUACAACGUGUGCGGUGUCACUAUGUCGAAAAAUCUUAGUGCACUGACUCGUAAGUUGAUUGGAUUUAUUAUCCUUCUUGCGGGUUUGAUGAUUUACAACGAAGUUCUCGCCCAGCCAUUUUCGAACCUGUUCAAGCUGAAAUGCGUGAACAACCGUCGACCAAACUAUGCGCAGUGCAAAAAUGGAACUGACUGUUCAGAAUCCGGAGUUCGCCUGAUUUCUCCGAAUACAUGUGGCGUCUAA